GAGGGAAAGAGAGAGAGAGGAAAACGACAGACAGAUUGAGGGGGACCGAUAGCCUGUCACUGGUCAGCUCUUUAAACCGUAGGACCCACCGGAUAAGCAGACAGACAUCCCGGGAAAGAAGAGAACCAGUGCUGUUCAAGACAGAUUGUGUCGGAGCUGUUUACUGAGUUCGAGCUGCUUUUACAGCCGGCACGAGACACCGUGGAGGGAUCGCGGAUGUCUAGGUCUCCUCCCCCGCCCUGAGCCCGGGACAGCAGCUGCUCUACCGGGUACAGUCUCUGAUCAGAUGAUCAGGACCGGAGCCGUUCUCUGUGAUUCAUCACCGGGCUUCUCUCCUUUCCUCCCACCACCGAGACCUAUUCUAUAGCGUCGUUAUUCGUUAUUUCUGCUAACGACAACCCUCGCUAUCUCUGCCAUCUGCACGGGACGGACUGUAAACAAACACGGAGGACACCGUCUGUCGUCUGGCCCGACCUGGUUUGGCGCAAGCAGGGCUCGGUACCUGACUGUGGGGUGUGUCCUAUAGACUAUAUUAAGGGCGAAGAGGGGUGUUUUUGUUUUUACCCAUGUUUACGUUUUAACAUGACAGUGUGUGUAGGCUAUGUGUGUGUAUCUGUGACAGUGUGUUUGUUGUAAAUGUCUGACUGUUUGAAUGGAUUCUGGGAUGUAGGAUUACCUAUCUAAUAUGGUGGCUAGUUAGAGAGAACAGACUUACAGACAGACGGACCAUCUGCACACACCAACACGCCACCAUGCCAGUGUUCAGUGGGGUGUUGAAGGUGCGUGUGUGUGAGGCGGUGGAUUUGAAGCCCACCCCCUGGGCACUCCGCCAUGCAGGGGGGAAGAACUCAUCCUCAUUCCUCCUGGACCCCUACCUCACCCUCAACCUGGACCAGACCCACCUGGGACAGACCUGCACCAAGAACAGAAGCAACUCACCUGCAUGGAACCAGGACUUUACAGCCCAGAUGACAGACGGACGGAAAUUGGAGAUGUCAGUGUUCCAUGAUGCACCAAUCGGAUAUGACGACUUUGUGGCUAACUGCACCAUACAGCUGGAGGACAUACUGCAGAACGGCAGCACACAUUACCAGGCCUGGGUUGAUUUAGAACCAGAGGGGAAGGUCUAUGUGAUUAUCGAUCUGUCAGGAUCUUCUACUGAAGCCCCGGCAGCCAAUGAGAAUGAGGAGCGUGUGUUCCGAGAGCGGAUUGGUCCUCGGCGGCGGCAGGGGGCCGUCCGGAGGCGUGUUCACCAGGUUAACGGACACAAGUUCAUGGCCACGUAUCUACGGCAACCGACCUACUGCUCACACUGCCGAGACUUCAUCUGGGGAGUACUCGGAAAGCAGGGUUACCAAUGCCAGGUGUGCACGUGCGUGGUCCACAAGCGCUGCCAUGAGCACAUCAUCACCAAGUGUGCCGGGAUGAAGAAGCAGGAGGAUACACCAGAGGAGGUUGGUGCCCAGAGGUUUAGUGUCAACAUGCCUCAUAAGUUCAGCAACCACAACUACAAGGCCCCUACCUUCUGUGACCACUGUGGAUCUCUACUAUGGGGACUAAUGAGGCAGGGCCUGCAAUGCAAGGUGUGUAAGAUGAAUGUCCACAAGAGGUGUGAGGCCAACGUAGCUCCCAACUGCGGGGUGGAUGCCAAAGGCAUCGCCAAAGUCCUGGCUGAAAUGGGAGUCACUCCUGAUAAGAUCUCCACUACCGCACAGCGCAGGAAAAAGUUACUCCCAGGGUUAGACUCCCAGUCACCUUCAGAACUCUCAGACGAGCUUCCCCUCACCUCACCCUCACAGCAAGAGCCGUCUGAGUUGGAGCGGCUACAACAGGGGACGUCGCUAGAGAUGCAAGGUUCUCCCUCCUCCUCCACAUCCUCCUACGCCUCCUCUGUCUCGCGGGAGAACGGAGCAGUGAAGAGGACUCUCAAAGACUUCAGUUUCAUUAAGGUCCUGGGGAAAGGAAGCUUCGGAAAGGUGAUGUUAGCAGAGCUGAAAGGCAGUGAGGAGGUGUUUGCCGUGAAGGUGUUGAAGAAGGAUGUGAUCCAGCAGGAUGACGAUGUGGACUGCACCCUGACGGAGAAGCGCAUCCUGGCCCUGGCACGCACACACCCCUACCUCUGUCAGCUCUACUGCUGCUUCCAGACCCGGGACCGUCUGUUCUUCGUGAUGGAGUACGUGAACGGAGGAGACCUGAUGUUUCAGAUCCAACGCUCCAGGAAGUUUGACGAGGCUCGCUCGCGCUUCUACGCCGCUGAAGUUACCUCUGCACUCAUGUUCCUGCACCGCAAUGGGGUCAUUUACAGGGAUCUGAAGUUAGAUAACAUAUUGUUGGAUGCAGAGGGACACUGUAAGCUGGCAGACUUUGGCAUGUGUAAGGAGGGCAUCAUCAAUGGAGUCACCACCACCACAUUCUGUGGCACGCCUGACUACAUAGCCCCUGAGAUCCUGCAGGAGUUGGAGUACGGUCCAUCAGUGGACUGGUGGGCUCUGGGAGUGUUAAUGUAUGAGAUGUUGGCUGGCCAGCCUCCGUUUGAAGCAGACAACGAAGACGACCUGUUUGAGUCUAUCCUCCAUGACGAUGUCCUCUACCCCGUCUGGCUCAGCAAGGAGGCUGUAUCCAUCCUCAGAGCUUUUAUGACAAAGGCUCCAGCCCAGAGGUUAGGGUGUGUGUUGUCUCAGGGCUGCGACGAGGCCAUUAAGAAACACUCAUUCUUCAAAGACAUCGACUGGACCCUGCUGGAGCAGAGACGACUCAAACCCCCCUUCAAACCACGCAUUAAGACGAAGCGUGAUGUGAAUAACUUUGACCAGGACUUCACCAGAGAAGACCCAGUGUUGACUCCCACAGACGAGGCUGUUAUCAGACAGAUCAACCAGGAGGACUUUAAAGGCUUCUCUUUCUGUGCAGAGAUACAGACUUGAGAACUCUACGGUUUAGGUGUGUGUAUAAAGCCUGUGUUGAUUGGUUACAAAGUGUUGUGUCUGAAGCAUGGACCGGUGCUACUGGUUACUAUUAUUACUACUGUCCACUGUAGUGAGAAAAACUAUACCUUGGGUCAAGUACAUCUGUCAAAUACAUUCGUAAAAUACCUGUGUUGUGCUUUAUUUGGUUUGUCUGGUACAAAGGAACCAAUAGAAUAGUCCCAAAAUGGCAAACUCCAAUGUGAAACAAACGCACCGCCUGACCCUGAUUAUGUAUAUUUUAUCGGUGUGUUUAUUUCUUGGCUGGAUAUGUAUUGUUUCUUUUCUUGACUGGAGAUGUAUUUGAUUGUACAGUUUGUUUCAUUUGCUUAUGCGUCAGCGUUCCCACUGGUUCAUUUCAACUACUUUCACCCAAUCAGAGACGAGUAGUCCUCAAUGUAGUACAGACUACCUCACACUCCGUGUGUGUGUGUGUGUGUGUGUGUCUCUACAUUUGUGUACGGUGUGUGUUUGUGUCUCUCUCUAUAUUUGUGUACGGUGUGUGUGUGUGUGUCUUUCUCUAUAUUUGUGUACGGUGUGUGUGUGUGUGUCUCUCUCUAUAUUUGUGUACGGUGUGUGUGCGUUUGUGACUUUCGUUCCCAUAGUACCCCCCCUACUCCCAGAAGCCAUUUCUCUCAGCCAAAACCACUUUUAGUUCCUGCUGCUUUUCUACAGCUUUUUCCAUUUUAUGUUCUGUUUUGUAAACUGUCGACAGUAGCUAGUGGAGGGAAUCGCACCCUUCCCUAUAUAGUGCACUACUUUAUGUACGCACACAGACGCGCACACACGCACAUCCACACACACACUCUCUAAGAAUAAUUGUGUAUAGUGUACAGUGUUAAAUACAGAGGUGGUUCAUAUAGCAGGCCUGUUAGAGGCGAUGUAGUGAUGCUAUGUGCACCCUGGGUAAAAUUGUUCCUGGUCACACUAUUUCACUGUGCCAAAUGUAGUGUAACAGCAGGAGGGGUGUCGGUUUGUCUGUCUGCUUAUAAUAAAUACUCAACUGUCAACAUGAAA